UAGAUGUUCCAUGACUUCCAAAAGUGAGAUAGAUAUUCAGCAUAUUGAGAAAAUUGAAGAGAAGCUUGUGCCGCAAAUCAAAUCCGAUGAGUUCAAGGGUUUGUUGUCAAGAAAGGUUUUUAGUAAAAUUGGGUCACAUCCUCCAAGUUGCAAAGACAGUUGUGGAAAUUGUAGUCCUUGCAAUCCUAUCCUUGUGUCAGUGCCACCAAAUGCGGAAGUAUGGAAAUGCAAAUGUGGCGAUAAGUUAUAUGAUCCACCCAAAAAUUAAUUAUCAUUAUGUAUUUUUUAUCUUUUCAUUAAAAUAAAUAAUAGAGACUCCUUCUAAUAAAUUAAGAGUUAUUUUUCAACGAUACCUUUGGGAUUUGUAUGUCUUUGAAUGGUUGAAUAUAAAUACUCUUUA